GGAAUUAUAAUCUACCUUAUUUACUUGCGGUUUUGGGGACGGGUCCAAGGUGUGAACAAGUGACCUGCAGAUAGAAGUCUAGUCUGUCCUUUCUGUGGAGAUAUUGUUUGUUCAUAAGGCCAGUGUUAAUCUGCCCUAGCUGUUACUAUGGCAGAAGGCGGCCCUUCUCCGGAACUGGACGAACACUUACUGAAGUGUCCAAUAUGUCUGGAGCGACUUCGACAACCCAAGUCCUUACCCUGCCUCCACUCUUUCUGUCAGGAAUGCCUCGGGACCUACAUCACCAAGGAACUGUCUGGAAAAAUGGCCUUGGCAACAUCGUUCCCCUGUCCUGUCUGUAGGAGAAUGACCCAGACCGUCAAUCAAACGGUAUCUAAGGACAAAUGGGCAGAACAGUUCCCGAUUAAUGCUGUGAUCCAGGAGCUUAUACAACUUAAGGACCGAUCGUCUGAACCACUGUACUGCAAGCCCUGCCAGACAAGAGGUAGCCUGACCAUUCCAGCGAAAUUCUGGUGCAAGUCUAUGGGCGUGAAAUUCUGUGAUACUUGUAAGAUACAACAUCAUGACAUUAUGCACAAUGAAUGUGAUAUCUUAGAUAUUACUGGGUACGAUAGCAGGACGACAAAACAGGAAAAGUCAGUCCCUAAAUGUGACCAACACGACGAUAAAUUGAUUUGGUACUGUGAAGACGACAAACGUCUUGGAUGCAACAUAUGUAUGAUCAAAGACCACAGACGUUGUGAAGAGGUGACAACGGCAGUGGAAUAUUUACAAAAGUUAAAAACUGGUUCACAACUAGAAGAAAUGGAGAUGGCAUUGAAGAAAGGAGCACAUGCCAUGACGUCAUUGUUGAAGGAUUUUGACGAGCAGAUCCAAAGCAUGGUUCAGAAUCAGGAAAUCGCACUGCAAAGCAUAAAAGCUCUACGCCAAAGCGUCGAAGAACAGCUGAACAAACUUCAGAAGGACGUCACGGACAAGCUAAUUACAAUGUUUAAAGAGGAGAAGGGGAAUAUGGAGGCCUCGUCACGGCAGUGUGAACGGCUGAUGAACAGUAUGUUUAAUACCCAGAAGUCGUCCGUUACAGCCGCAGAGGGGAACAACGCUAUUGAGACGAUAGUGUUGUAUCAGAGAGGACAGGCAGAAGUGGAGUCGUGUAAGGCCUUGGUCACGGAAAUGAGCAAGUCCUUCAGGUUCGUCAGCAUUAAGCAUCAGAUUGUUCACAGAAUGGUAACCAUUGGUGAUGAUGCGAUGGGAAAGAUCAUCAUCGAGAGACAACAGCGAUUUCUUCCUGAUGAUUUUGAUUACCUGUCCGUACCUUUGUCAGAUCGUCGUGUGAAAGAAAUAGGGAAGUUUAACGUAAAGACUUCGUCAGAUAAAGAGAGAUGUUGGUUACGUGGAGUGGUGUAUCUUCCUAAUGAACAAAUAGUACUUAGUGAUUACAACAACAAGAAGCUGAGGGUGUUUACGGACAAAGGACAGUACCUUGACGAGUUGGUCAUUCGUGGAAAUCCCAGCGACCUGUGUCUGGUGAAAAACAACACCGUGGCAGUCGCUGUCAACAGUCCUGGUGGUGUCUGUGUCGUGCAAGUCGAGGACUCCAAAUUCUUCCUGUCUUCCGAGAUCAACAUAUCUAAUGGUAAAGACUGUAUUGGUAUAACACAUAGAGACGGGAAGUUUAUCGUGGGUACACGUGGAGGAGAGGUAUACAGUGUGACACAGGACGGAACAGCUGAGUUGUUACAUAAGUAUAACAACAGCUGUUAUACCCUCACACAAGAUCCAGUAAAGGGAGACACAAUCGUCAGCGUCAAUAACAACAACACAGAGGACGUCGUAGUGUCCAGACUGUCAGCUGACAAACUUCACACGGAUGUGAUGAAGGUCGGUGUCGUGAGGGAUGUUGAAGGAAUAGACAUCGACAGAGAGGGUAACAUUUACGUGUGUGGUAAUAGUUCACACAACGUCGUACAGAUGUCUGGGGACGGGACACACGUCAGGGAACUGAUGACGUCAUCAGAGGGAAUGAAAUCUCCUCAGGCAAUAGCUGUUCGUGGUACCAUGUUUGUGGUCACUUCUUGGGGUUCUACAGACCAGGAUAGUUGUAUCCAAGUCUUCCAACUCUACUAUGUUGCUUUAACAAGCAGGAAGCCAACAACUACAAGUGAAUGUAAAACACCAACAGACGAUGCAUUUGACUCUACAGGAAGAAAUGAUACAGCCAACAGAAACAGACCAUCUCUAAGGAAAGGGAGAACAAAGACCAAGAAGACACCUUCAGGUAGAAGAAGCAGUACUGAUGCAGCCAAUAUAGUGACAACUCCAUCACUAAGAUCUGCCCUAGCUGUUACUAUGGCAGAAGGCGGCCCUUCACCAGAACUGGACGAACACUUACUGGAGUGUCCAAUAUGUCUGGAGCAACUUCGACAACCCAAGUCCUUACCCUGCCUCCACUCUUUCUGUCAGGAAUGCCUCGGGACCUACAUCACCAAGAAACUGUCUGGCAAAAUGGCGUUGGCAACAUCGUUCCCCUGUCCCAUCUGUAGGAGAAUGACCUACACCCUCAAUCAAACAGAGGCUAAGGACAAAUGGGCAGAACAGUUCCCGACUAAUGCUGUGAUCCAGGACCUUAUCAAGCUUCAGGAACACUCGUCUGAACCACUGUACUGCAAGCCUUGCCAGACAAGAGGUAACCUGACCAAUCUAGCGAAAUUCUGGUGUAAAAUAAUGAACUUGUAUUUGUGCGAAACAUGUAAGGUGCAACAUCAUGAUGUCUUGCAUUAUGAAUGUGACAUCUUAGAUAUUACUGGGUACGAUAGCAGGAAGAAAAAACAUGAAAAAUCAGUCCCUAAAUGCGACCAACAUGACAAGAAAUUGAUUUGGUACUGUGAAGACCACAAACGUCUCGGAUGCAACAUAUGCAUGAUCAACGACCACAUGCGUUGUGAAGAGGUGACAACGGCAGUGGAAUAUUUACAGAAGUUAAAAGCUGGUUCACAACUAGAAGAGAUGGAGAUGGCACUGAAGAUAGGAGUACAGGCAAUGACGUCAUUGGUAAAGGAUUUUGACGAACAGCUCAAAACUCUGGUCCAAAAUCAGGAAAUCGCACUGCAAAGCAUCACCGAUCUUCGCCAAAGUGUCGAAGAACAGCUGAACAAACUUCAGAAGGACGUCACAGAUAAGUUAAUUAUACUGUUUAAAGAGGUGAAGGGGAAUAUAGAGGCCUCGUCACGACAGAGUGAACGUCUGAUGAACAGUAUGGUUAAUACCAUGAAGUCGUCCAUUACCGCCGCAGAGGAAAACGACACUUUUGAGGCGAUAGUGUUGUAUCAGAGAGGACAGGCAGAAGUGGAGUCGUAUAAGGCCCUGGUCACGGAGAUGAGCACGUCCGUCACCAUUAACCAUCAAAUUGUUCCCAGACUGGUAACCCUUGGUGAUGACGCGAUGGGGAAGAUCGUGAUCGAGAGACGACGGCGAUGUCUUCCUGGUGAUCUUGAAUACCAGUCCGUACCUUUGUCAGAGCGUAGUGUGAAAGAAAUAGGGAAGUGCAACGUAAAGACUCCGUCAGAUAAAAGUGAUUGUUCCAUAUGUGGAAUUGUGUACCUUCCUAAUGCACAGAUAGUACUUAGUGAUUACAACAACAAGAAGCUGAAGCUGUUUACAGACAAAGGAAAGUACCUGGACGUGUUGCCCUUUCUGGGAAAUCCCUGUGACCUGUGUCUGGUAAACAACAAUACCGUGGCGGUCGCUGUCACCAGUCCUGGUGGUGUCCGUGUCGUGAACGUCGAGCACUCAAAACUCUCCUUGUCGUCUAAGAUCAGCAUGCCUAAUGUCACGUACUGUUAUGGUAUAACACAUUCAAACGGUAGGUUCAUCGUGAGUACAUUGGGUGGACAGGUAUACAGUGUGACACAGGACGGAGCGACGGAAUUGUUACAUAAGUAUAACAAUACCUGUUAUUGCCUCACACAAGAUCCAGUAAAGGGAGACACACUCGUCAGUGUCUAUAACAACACUGAGGGGAAAGUCGCGGUGUCCAGACUGUCGGCUGACAAACGUCACACGGAUGUGAUGAAGGUCGGUGUCGUGAGUGGUGUAAGGGGAAUACACGUGGACAGGGAGGGUUUCAUCUACGUGUGUGGUAAAGAUUCACACAACGUCGUACAGAUGCUUGGAGACGGAACACACGUCAGGGAUCUGCUGACGUCAUCAGAUGGAGUAAAAUAUCCAUAUGCAAUAUUUGUUCGCGGUGACACGUUUGUGGUCACUUCUUGUGGUUCUGCAGACCAGGAUAAUUAUAUCCGAAUCUUUCAACUCUACUUAACAUGUAGCACAGAAAAACACGUAGAUGGUUGAUCACGUGAUGUGCACAUGAACCAUAAUAGUCACAAAUUUAAUACAAACACUGAAACAUUGCAAAUUCUCUAGCGUUGUUUACGAUGUAUUUUUGGAACUAUGCAUAUUUUUUUCUGUAAUUCAAUAUAACAGGACGUUAAUAAGAUUAUAGUGAAGGAGAUUCUUGUUUCUAAAUAUCAUAAGUAUACACAAAAGAGUGACAAUAUUAAAAAAAAUAAUC